AUGGAUCGCGACGCCUCGGGAGGGCCAAACGAGGGGACGCCCGGCCUGAGCGCGGGUCAGCUGACGCUGUGGGAACCCAGGCAGAAGGUGGACCUCACCCAGUACACGGAGAAGCACGAGUUUUUGUUCGACGACGUGUACCCGGAGGACGUCGACAACGACGAGAUUUACCGAACGACGGUGCAUCCGCUCAUCGGCACCAUCUUCAACCGGUGCAAGGUGACCUGCUUCGCGUACGGGCAGACGGGCAGCGGCAAGACGUACACCAUGUCCCCGCUGCCCACGCGCGCGGCUGGCGAGAUCCUCGCGGAACUGGCGCAGCCCUACAACGAGGGUUUGGCGCUGUGGGUGUCGUUUUUCGAGAUUUACGGCGGCAAGGUUUACGACUUGCUCAACGGGCGGAAGAAGCUCGUCAUUCGCGAGGAUGCGCGUGCGCAGAUGUGCGUCGUGGGACUGCAGGAGUUCGAGGUGGACAACGUGGAGCUCGUGCAGCGCCUCAUCGAGCACGGAACCGCCGCGAGGUGCACCGGAAGCACGGGCGCAAACUCGGAAUCGUCGCGGUCGCACGCGAUUCUUCAGCUCUCGCUCAAGCGGCGCGACGACGACGCCGCCGACGUCGCCAAGAUGCCCCCGUCGGUGGCGAGGCAGAUCAAGGCGAAGGAGAACGCGAACCACGCGCUGAUCCACGGCAAGUUUUCCUUCAUCGACCUCGCCGGCAGCGAGCGCGGCGCGGACACCGACCAGAACGAUCGCCAGACCCGACUGGAGGGUGCCGAGAUCAACAAGUCGCUCCUGGCGCUCAAGGAGUGCAUCCGCGCGCUGGACAUGGGCUCUAACCACGUGCCGUUCCGCGGGAGCAAACUCACGGAGGUGCUCAGGGACUCGUUCCUGGGGGACUCGCGCACGGUGAUGAUUGCCAACAUCUCCCCAGCCACCGGCUCGUGCGAGCACACGCUCAACACCCUUCGCUACGCGUAUCGCGUCAAGGAGCUUCGCGGCGAAGGCGCCGGGCUCAAGAGAAACGCGUCCGUCACGACGGGGGGUGCCGGUAAGCUCGCUUCCGACGGCGUCACCCCCAUCGCGCGCGGCGCGUCUUUGAACGCGACGGACCUCGCAAGUAACGGUCAAGCCGGCGACGGGAGCGACGGGGGCGGCGGGGCGGAUGCCAAGCGACGGGGCAGAGCCCGGCCCCAAAGCGCGGCGCCCGCGUCGUCGCUCGCGAGAACGUCCUCCCUCACCCUCGCGGCGUCCGAGCGGACCGUCACGCUCGCCGCGCCCAAGGAGGAGAAGACGGCCACGGACCCGCGGACGCAGGCGUUUGACCCGAGGGUUCACGCCAAGAACCGAGCCGCCGACGCCGAGCGCAAAGCCGCCGCCAACGAGCGCCGUCGCCAGGCGGCGCAGGAGCGGCGCGCUCGAGCCGAGGCGGAGAAGGCGGCCAAGGUGGCGGCCAAGAUGGCGCGCAUGGCUGGCGAGGACGCCGACGCCGCCGCCGCCGAGGUGCUGCGAAGGAGCGGGAACUUUGGAACUUUGGAAGGACCGAGGUCGACGGAGGGGACGCCGCGGAGAACGAGGCCGACGACGGCGCCGCCAGCGCGGACGACGCCCGUCAAAUCCGCGGUACGCAUCAAGGCACCGCUCGCGGCGGUCACCGAAGCGUCGGCUUCGGCCGUCGCGGCCGCCAAGGCGACCGCCGCCGCGGAGGGAAGGGGCCCGCCCGUCGACAUGAACGAGAUGGUCAAGGCGCACGACGACCUGAUAAACGUCAUCCUGGAGGAGGAGGAGGAGGUCAUCGCCGCGCACCGGGGGCAGAUCGAGGAGACGAUGGAGCUCGUCAAGAGCGAGAUGGCGCUGUUGGCGGAUGUCGACAAACCCGGAAGCGCGAUCGAUCAGUACGUCGACAGGCUGUCGCGGGUGUUGGCGCAAAAGGCUGAGAGCAUCGCGAAGCUGAGGGAGCGGGUGGCGACGUUUCAGGCGCACCUUCGCGAGGAGGAGGUGCUGAGCCGGACCGUGGGGCUGCAUUGA